AUGGUGGUGUUGAGAAUGGUGGAGAUAGUGAUGGUGAUGGUGGUGGUAUUGGUGGUGAUAGUGAUAGUGCUAGCGAUGGUAGUGGUGUUGGUGACAGUGAUUGGUGGUGGUGGUGAUAGGGUUGAUGGUGGUGGAUUUGAUGGUGAUAGCGAUGGUUGUGGUGGUGAUAGGGGUGGUGGAGGUGAUGGUAAUGGUGAUAGCGAUGGUGGUGGUGGUGGUGGUGGUGGUGUUGGUGGUGGUGAUAGGGAUGAUGGUGGUGAAGGUGAUAGUGAUGGUGAUAGGGAUGGUGGUGGUGAUAGCGAUGGUGGUGGUCUUGGUGAUCAUUAUCCUUAA